AUGCGCCUGCUACUGUCCCAUCACCCACAUUACCUGCUGGCGUACGGACGCAUGCAGAAGCGUAGUCCAUACAUAACGCAAAUAUGCACCUCGGCCACCAUCUUCUAUCUUGGCGAUCUCAUCUCCCAAACCAUAACCGCAAAGCCUUACGAGCCGCUCAGUGGCCUUCGUGGCCUCAUCAUAGGCGCUGGUCUGGCAGUACCUGGUUACACCUGGUUUAUGUGGCUGGCACGCAACUUCAAUUACGCUUCUUGGCCUCGAUCACUGGCCACAAAGGUCCUGUUGCAGCAGAUGGUGUUCAUGCCUCUGGUUCAGACGUACUUCUUCAGCAUGCAGACUUUUCUCUCGGCUGGGGGGCUGGACGAGGCGAGGAGGAAAAUAGUGGACGCUGUGCCCGUGACCUGGGUGAACAGUUGGAAAGUCUGGCCUCUCGUCAUGGGCUUCACGUUUACCUACGUGCCGAUGCAGUAUCGAAGUUUGUUCAAUGCCUUGGUGGGGACAUGUUGGCAGACGUACUUGUCUUGGGUGAAUCAGAAGAUGAAGGCGAUAGAAGCUACGAAGGGCGAUGAGCGUGCCAGUGCUGCCCUCGGCGCCAGAUCUGUACAGCAAGCUGCAUAG